AUGGCGAAGACGCAUACCCUAGGCAUCAGCGAGGCCGAGGUGCUCAAGGAGAAGGGACAAGAGCACGUUGAAGAAGUGGUGCUGGCACGCUUGACCGACGAGGAUCUAUGGAAGCUAUCUCAAGAAUCAUUGACCGUUUGGUCGUGGACUGGAGUCCGUCUGGGCCUCAUUAUGUUUGUGCAUGGCUGCAAUCAAGCCGGCUUCGGCAUCGAUUGGGGUGUUAUCAGCGGUAUCAACUCCCUUCCCGCUUGGCACGCAUACUUUGGCUUCGGCACUAGCGGUGGUACAUAUGGUCUGAUUAAUGCGCUGAUGAGUAUCGGCACGGUCUGUGGUGCUCCGUUCAUGGGUUUCGCCGAUAUCAUCGGGCGUCGUGGAAUCAACUUCGCGGGAAAUGCAAUCGUCAUUUUCGCCGCUGUGCUUCAAGGAUGUGCGCCAAAUCUCAAGGCCUUCAUGGCUGGUCGAUUCUUCAUGGGAUUCGGUACUGCUCUCAUGUCCAGCUCUCAAUACAUUGGUGAAAUCUCCCCUAUCCACCUCCGUGGCCGUAUGGUCGGCUUCUUCGGCGCCUGCUUCCAGGUUGGCAGUCUCACAAUGUUGGGGGCCAUGAUUGGUCUAUCAAAUCUCCCCGGAAACAAUUGUUGGAGAAUCCCUCUUAUUCUCGAAGCUAUUUUCCCAGCGAUUGUCUGCGUGACCAUCUACUUCUUGACCCCCGAGUCACCUCGUUACUAUGUCAUGAGAGGCAACCGGCAGAAGGCCAAGGAGAUUGUGGCCAAGUAUCAUACGACCAGUGGAGAUAUCAACCAGCCUGUGGUUGAGAUUGUGGUAUCUCAGAUGGAGGAAUCCCUCGAGAACGACCGCACUGGAUUCAGGGCAUUCUGGGAUUACCGAGUGUUCUUCACAAAGUUGGCUCGGUAUCGUCUCCUAGUCUUAACAUUGUACUCGUUUUUCCAACAGUGGAAUGGCGGGUCAAUUCUUACGUAUUAUAUGGCCGAUGCGCUGAAGACUGUCGGAAUCACAGGUACCAAGCAACAAUUGGGUAUCAACAUCGGCACGACAGCAACCUACUUCGUUUUUACCGCCUUCGGUUCCCUCCUCGUCGAUAAAUUCAGGAGACGAACUCUCAUCUUUGUGGGAUUGAUCAGCAUGGUCGUCUUCCAGACGGCAACCACUAUCACAUCUUGGCAAUACAGCCUAAAUGCGACCCACACCGCUGCCGCACUUACACUGCUCUGGAUAUUCAUGUACCAGGCGUUUUCCGCUACAUUCGUUGCAACUAUGCAUAAUCUGUAUCCUGUCGAGAUCCUGUCUCUGGCUCUUCGAGCGAAAGGUAUGGGUCUGUACAGUUUGAUCCAGGGUGGCGCCAGUGCAGUCCAAACAUAUGGCAUCAGCGUGGGCAUUGCUAAAGUUGGGUACAAAAUCUGGGUGGUUUACAUCGUUUACAACACCGUCCAACUCAUUUUGUCAUACUUCAUCUUCCCGGAGACAGGUGGCUUGAGUUUGGAGGAGAUUGACACUGUGUUUGAAACACCUGGGGUUGCACCUGUCAAGAUGUCGCUAGAUAUUCAAAAGGCCAAGAAGGAGAGACUCGCGGCAACAAGGGAUGAGGAGACCAGGUCUAGGUAG